CUUCACCGCAGCUUACUUUAAAGAGCAGGUUCAUCUCACAUCAGCAUCUCAAUCCCCUCCGAUAACAUGGAAGCACCAAAAAAAAGAGCAUACAUCUGUAUCCCAAAGAAAUACAUAUCUGCUUUGGGUGAACAUUAUGAACUGGACCAUGGACUGGUCAUAAAAAGUCUUAACCCUUAUCUGAAUGAAGGAUAUCUCCAGGCUUAUUUCAGAGAAUGGGGCACCACUACAAAGUGCAAGAUUAACAAGGGUCCCAACGUGGAGAAUAAAGCCAUAGCCUACGUGUGGUUCUCUUCAGAGGAUGAAGCUGACAGAGCAGACUGGGCUGGUCCUCACUAUAUUGGAGGCACUGAGGUGCAAGUCAAACGGGUAGUGAGUCCAAAGCUAGAGGAGGAUGAUCAGGCAAAGGAGACUCCUGCUCCUGCUAGACCACGACCACGCCGUUCAAUGGGUCUGGGAUACAUACUUGAAGAUGCUCAGUGGUUAGAUGAUGGAUCGGAAGAAUAAA